AUGGCAGAGUCAUCAGUUCAGAAUGGUGUGUCCAAAACUAGUUGGGGUGAUGAGGUGAGCAGCAAUGGUAGUACUAAUGGUGGUAGCGCUCGUGGUGAUAAGAAGAAUACAGGCAUUAAAGCCCAUCCUAAGUCUAAGGAUACACAUCAUACCUACAGUGUGUAUUACUACGGGGAGGAAAUCGAAACCACCGUAACUCAUAGAGCAUCUGUGGUCGAUAAUUGGCUUGACCAUCUCUUGGAAGAAUUUAAGAGUAGGUUGAAUAAUCUUGUUGUGGGUCUUGAUAUCGAAUGGAGACGAUUGGAAAGAAAUAAUAAGGACAGUAGACGAAGAAAAGUUGCUGUGUUGCAAUUGUGUGUGGAUAAUCAUUGUCUCAUAUACCAGUUCUCGUGCUGUGAUAAAAAAACUCCCGAGUCGCUCAAGAAAUUUCUUGCUGAUGAAGAGCUUAUAUUUGUUGGUGCUGGAAUUGAAGCCGAUGCCUACAAGCUUAUGGUCGAUUAUGGUUUGAAAGUUGCUAGAACUGAAGAUCUUGCCAGUUUCGUUGCUUUUAAGACUGGAGACAGCCGACUUUACAAAUAUGGGUUGAAGAAAUUGGUAAAGGAUGUUCUCAAACAAGAUUUACCAAAGAGCAGAUUCGUCCAGACAAGCGACUGGGAGCUUAGUUUGUUGAGCAAUAAACAGAUUGAAUAUGCUUGUUUAGAUGCUGUUGCUUCGUUUAAGUUAGGUGUCCAAUUGAUGAGUCUAGGCAAUCCAAGACACACUUAUCGGAAGCAGGUUCCUCCUAGGUUGAGGAAGUCUAAUGGAGGCAAGACCAACGGGACCAACAACGAACUUACUAAUUGA